AUGUCGGAUGAUAGCGUGGCUCAUAGUUCGCAGGCGGAAGCCUCGCAAGGGGCACCCAAGGCAAAGCAUCUUCGUCUCCCCAAUGGAGUAUACGCUCCCACUCUCGCCUUCUUUAGUCAUUCCGAGGACAUCGACACAGUCACUCUCGAGCAUCAUGUCACCAGACUGAUCAAAGCAGGGGUAGCAGGCAUCGUAAUUCACAGUUCCAUCGGCGGAGCAGUGCACCUGACGAGGGAAGAACGCCGCACCAUGAUCAGGUGCGCAGCCGAUACUAUCUACAGAGAGUAUUGCGACAGAUUCAAGAACACCCGCUCUCCGUUGAUCGCCGCGUGCGUUCUAAGCUACUACGCAUAUGUCGUCAACAAUGAAAUGAUCAUACAGCACUUCUACGACGUCGCGGACAGAUCGCCCAUCCCGCUGGUCAUCGACAACUUCCCCGCAGCGGUAUCGGGAAUGCAACUCACCUUAGACGACAUCCUCCGUAUCGCGAGGCACCCCAACGUCAUGGGCGUCAACUUCAAGUACGACAACAUGAAAAAUCUCGCGAAGGAGGCGUAUGCUCCGCUACCUGAGAUUUUCUUUGUGGCCAGCGGCAACACCAACUCCAUCCGCCAGUGUCAAGUCCUCGGGGCGAACGGAACGAUCGCGGGCCUCGCCAACUUCGCAAGGUAUGCGUGCGUGCGCGUCAGGGAGCUCUCUGAUCGAGGUGAGCUCCGUGAGGCGGAGCAGCUGCAGGCAGUCAUUGCGAGAGGGAACUCGGUUGUCACUGGCCUAGGGCUCGUGGGUAUGAAGGCUGUGGUCAAAUUUUGGGAGGCGCGCCGCGGAAGCCCUGCUACCUGCCGCCACUUAUUGAGGUCAUCAAAGUUUCAGAGGAGCUGA